GUGUCCAUCCUAACAAAUUCAUUAGUGAGAAGCAUUUACUUCCAUUAUUACCAGCUCGACUAGAAGCUGUGGUGGGUUUAUAUAUAGUUCCAUUGUAAUUCUUUCAUUUCAUCUCAAUAUCUCAAUCAAAGUUCCGAUCAAAAAAAAAAAAAAAAAAAAUCUCAAUCAAAGUCCUUUACUCGUUUUGGUUUUCAAUGGCAUGUCAAAUGAAGAAAAUAUUGUUGCUUCUGCUUGUUGUGUUGCUGGUAUUGAACUUGCAACAUCGUGUUGAUGGAACGCAACAAGUGCCUUGUUUUUUCAUUUUUGGGGACUCCUUGUCUGAUAAUGGGAACAACAACAACCUUGUGACAAUGGCAAAAGCUAAUUAUCAACCAUAUGGGAUUGAUUUCCCUGAGGGCCCCACCGGAAGGUUUACCAAUGGUCGCAAUCUUGUCGAUAUCAUUGCUGAACAUCUGGGUUUUAGCAAUUCCAUCCCACCUUUCGCUACUGCUAGAGGUCAAGAAAUACUCAAAGGGGUCAAUUAUGCAUCUGGUGCAGCAGGUAUUCGCAAGGAAACUGGACAACAACAGGGUGAUCGGAUAAGCUUGGAUAGGCAGUUGCUAAAUCACCAAGUUACAGUCUCAAACAUCAAGACUCUACUUGGAAAUAAUGAGUCACUGGCCACAGCUUAUCUAAACAAAUGCAUAUACUCUGUUGCAAUAGGUUCUAAUGACUACCUAAAUAAUUACUUCUUGCCACAGUUCUAUCCUACAAGCCGCAUAUAUAACCAAGAGCAAUACGCUACGGUUCUCGUUCAACAACUCUCUCAACAAUUAUUGACUUUGCAUAAGCUUAGUGCAUUGAAAAUAGCCCUUUUUGGGUUGGGUUUUUUAGGGCAUACUCCAGUUGAACUCACUAUGUGCCGCAAUAAUUCUUCAUGUGUGGACAACAUCGACAAUGCGGUGGCACUUUUCAAUGAUAAGGUUGUCACAUUGGUGAAUAACUUCAAUAAUAAUCUAACAAAUGCUAAAUUUAUCUACAUAAACACUACUGAAAUCUCACUUAGCAGCUCUACAUCUGAAGGUUCCAUAGUUACAAAUGUUCCUUGUUGUGAAGUGUUAAGAAAUCCGCAGCCACAGGCCGAAUGCAUUCCUUUUGGAACUGCAUGUAGUAACAGGAGCCAAUAUUCAUUUUGGGAUGCAGUUCAUCCAACUGAAGUCGGAUAUGUGGUUUAUGGCGGAAGAGCAUAUAGAGCUCAGUCCCCAGCCGAUGCUUAUCCACAUGACAUCGAACACCUCGCUCAGAGCUAAUGAACAAGAUGAUGUGAGAAGAGAAUCCUCAAAUGAAUGCCUACAAUAUCGUUACUUGAAUUUCUUUUGUGAUUUUCCCGAACUUGAUACUCAUAAUAAGGUUUGUGUUCAAUAAUUGUAAUAAAAAUGACCGUGCACAUGGACAAGGCAUUAUCCAAAUAUUAUACUACCAGCAUUAAAAUAAUCAAUCAUACAAUAUGUUCAAACAGAAUUGUGCCCAAUGACAGGUUUUACUUUAGAUGAAUUUUUAAUCCUAUGAUCC